UACUGUCCGCUGGCAUCUCCUAUUUCUUGGUCUUCGGGGAGUUUGAUGUCUCCAUUGUUCUCAAAUUUAGCGUAAAGAUCAGAUUUUGACGUGAAUUGUGGCGCAGAACCUAGUGGAACCCAAUAAACGCCUGUCGUUGGCUCUGAAGGUGGUGGUGUUCUUGAUUUGGAUCACUCCGGGGGUGAUGCUCUCUGCCCUCUUUUGGUGGUCUCAAAGCGAAAGGGAUAGGAAGAUUCCCAGUGAGGUGAUGCCACUCACGGAUAUGGCCCUUUACUUUUGUUCCGAAAGCGGAGAUUAGGGCUUUGUGAGUACCUCUUUUCUUCUCAGCUUCUAUACCUUGGCGUUGUCUUUUUCUUUCUGUGCCGAUUUGGGAAGCGGCUUUGGGAAUUUGGGUGGAUGUUUGUCUUUUGAAGAUAAUUGUCCUGAAGGAGGAGAUUCGGAUCCGUGAGUACACUUGCUCCUCUUGUUCCUUGGGAUGAUUUCCUCGAUUGGUGCCCAUCUGGGAUCGAGAUGUUGUCCUUGAGCAGAAUGGCGUUGGGAAACUGGAUCAAGAUCCUGUCUUUAUCCGUUCUUCUCGGCUUCGUGUCGGUGGCCUUUGCGACCACCAACCACGGCGACUUCGCCGUGCUUGAUGAGUUCCGGAAAGGGUUGACCAACGCCGAGCUCCUCAAGUGGCCCACGAACAACGAAGAUCCUUGUGGCCCUCCGCUCUGGCCUUAUGUCGUCUGUUCAGGCUCGCGGGUCACUCAGAUCCAAGCCAAGAACCUGGGGUUGAUCGGGACUCUCCCACCGGGCUUCAACAACCUCUCCAUGUUGGUCAAUAUUGGCCUCCAAGGGAACAAAUUGACUGGAGCCUUGCCAUCGUUCAAAGGAUUGUCUAAUUUACAGUAUGCUUUCCUCGAUUACAAUCAGUUCGACUCCAUUCCCGCGGACUUCUUCGUCGGACUCGAUAGCUUGCGGGUUCUAUCUUUGGAUAAGAACCGACUGAAUCAGAGCACGGGGUGGAAGCUACCAUCUGACUUGGCGAAUUCAGCUCAACUGAUGAAUCUGUCUUUGGUGGACUGUAAUCUCGCCGGUCCGCUGCCGGAUUUCUUGGGAAACAUGCGUUCUUUAACUCAUUUGAAGCUGUCUUACAACAAUCUCACUGGUGAGAUUCCGGCUAGUUAUGAGGGCUUGCCGUUGCAGACUCUGUGGCUGAACAAUCAGGAAGGUUUAGGGUUGUCCGGUUCACUCAAAAUCAUUACCUCAAUGACCAUGCUAAAUGAUGUUUGGCUUCACGGGAAUCAGUUUACGGGGCCCAUUCCAAGUUCGAUUGGCGCCGUGGUUUUCUUGAGACGGAUCUGGCUCAACGAUAACCAGCUCGUCGGACUCGUACCCGCUGAUUUGACGGAUUUGCCACAGCUCCAAUCACUGCACUUGGAUAAUAAUGCAUUCAUGGGGUCAAUUCCUGCUGUCAGCUUCAGCGAUUUUACGUAUUCUCACAAUUCAUUCUGUCAGUCUGCACCUGGAAUUCCUUGCCCGGUGGAGGUGGCAGCACUUCUGGAUUUCCUUGAUGCGGUCGAUUACCCGCAGAAUCUUGCAAGAUCAUGGCUGGGAAAUGAUUCUUGCACUGGGACAUGGUUUGGCAUAUCUUGCUCUAGUGGGAAGGCUUCUAUCAUAAAUCUACCACGCAAUCAUCUGAAUGGCACAAUUAGUCCUUCUCUUGGGAAAUUGGAUUCUCUUGCUGAAAUUUUGCUUGGGAGUAACAACCUUCGUGGCAUGGUCCCUGAGGAGCUGACCGGCUUGAAGACAUUGAAGUUGUUGAAUCUUUCUUCAAAUGAUAUUUCACCUCCGGUUCCGCAGUUCCCCCGUGGUGUGACGGUCAUACUUGAUGGAAAUAGGUUGUUGGACAAGUCCAGUUCUACUGCAUCACCUUCCGGUGGUGAUACCCCAUCAGAAUCACCGAGCUCGUUAGGUGGCUCAUCUUUGUCUUCCAACUCGAAAAUUUUGAUCAUCAUUAUUCCGGUCAUAGUUGGGACUGCAGUUAUUCUACUGGUCAUGCUGCUUCUUUUCUGUUGGAAGAAGGGGAGAAGGAAUACUUUCUGUGCACCAAGUACCAUCGUUGUGCAUCCUAGGGACUCUUCUGAUCCAGACAAUUUGGUUAAGAUAGUGGUUGCAAAUAAUGCCAAUAACAGUACAGUAGCUAGUGAACUUCGGAGUAUAAGCAGCAGUAGCACUGUAGAUACUCAUGUGAUUGAGUCAGGGAACUUAGUAAUAUCAGUCCAGGUUCUUCGUGCCGCCACACGAAAUUUUGCCUCAGAGAAUGUGCUUGGCCAGGGAGGAUUCGGAGUGGUCUACAAGGGGGAGUUGCAUGAUGGAACAAUGAUAGCAGUUAAGAGAAUGGAGUCUGGCGUGCUAAAUAACAAAGCUUUGGAGGAGUUUCAAGCAGAAAUUGCUGUUCUGUCAAAGGUACGACACCGUAAUUUGGUGUCUAUACUGGGGUACUCUGUGGAAGGCAAUGAAAGACUUAUAGUGUACGAGUAUAUGCCUCACGGGGCUUUAAACAAGCAUGUUUUCCAGUGGAAGCAGCUGGAAUUGGAGCCUUUGUCUUGGAAGAAGAGGCUCAACAUUGCAUUGGAUGUUGCUAGAGGCAUCGAGUACCUUCAUAACUUUGCUAAUCAGUGCUUCAUCCACAGAGAUCUUAAAUCGUCAAAUAUACUACUUGGUGAUGACUACAGAGCAAAAAUUUCGGAUUUUGGACUGGCCAAACUUGCUCCUGAUGGCAAAAAUUCCUUUGCGACUAGACUUGCAGGAACUUUUGGGUACUUAGCUCCAGAGUAUGCUGUGACUGGGAAGGUUACGACAAAGGUUGAUGUCUUCAGUUUUGGAGUAGUGUUGAUGGAGCUAAUAACUGGUUUAAAGGCUCUGGAUGAGGAUCGCCCAGAGGAAAGCCGUUACUUGGCAUCCUGGUUCUGUCAAAUGAAGAACGACAAGGACAAGCUCAAGAGCAUCAUUGAUCCAUCACUUGUUGUCACAGACGAGACCUUUGAGAGUAUCGGUGUCAUCGCAGAACUCGCAGGUCACUGCGCUGCACGUGAACCCCAUCAGCGGCCUGACAUGGGUUAUGCAGUGAACGUGCUCGCCCCACUCGUCGACAAAUGGAAGCCUGUCAAUGAUGAUCAGGAGGAAUACUUGGGGAUUGACCUCUGCCAACCCCUUCUUCAGAUGGUAAAGGGUUGGCAAGCAGCUGAUGGUGCUUCGGACAUCAGUUCAUUAAGCCUUGAUUACAGCAAAGGAAGCAUCCCAGCCAGGCCUGCUGGAUUCGCCGACUCUUUCACUUCUGCAGAUGGCCGAUGAAUAAGUUGGUACAUCUUGUGUUUCUUGAUCUCUUCUUUCGUUUCUCCCGGCAAAUUUCCUCCUUUUUCUUGCUUCUCAGUCUGUAAAUAUAAAGGAUUUCUUUGUCACUGUUGGGCGCAGGUCGGUGCUGGGUGUUGUGUUUAGUCGAGGAAUGCAGUUUCCUUGUUCAUUUA